CCCAGGUCCUCUGAAAGAGCAGCCAGUGUUCUCUUAACUGCUGACUCAUCUCUUUAGCCCCUUCAUCUUAUUUCUUGAAACUGGGUCUCUCACUAAACUUUGGAAUUGCAGUGCAGUUAGACUAGCUGACCAACAAGCCCUGGAAUCCCUGUGUCUGCCUCCCCAGGGCUGAGGUUAUAGGUACAAUGCCAUGCCUGGCUUUUAUGUGGGCUCAGCUGGGGAGCUGGGUUCAGGUCCUCGUGCUUACACUUGCAUGGUCUCGGAGCCAGCUCCCCAGUCUUGUUUUUUCCCCCUAUUUUAAUAUUAUUAAUUCAUAUUUCUCCCUCUCCCUCCCUCCUCCCCCCUCUGUGUGUGUGUUUGUGUGUGUGUGUGUGUGUGUGUAAGCAGAAAACAGCUUGCAGGAGUCAAUUGCCUCCUUCAAGCAUGUGAAUUUAGUCAUAUUAUCAGGUUUGCUGGCAAAUGCUUUUGCUCACGGAACCAUUUCCUUGGCUCUGCUUUUGUUUCUGUUUUUGAGACAAAGAUCUCAUUUGUUUAUAGCCAAGGAUAGCUCAUAGCACAUGUAGCCUAGACUGACUUCAAACUUCUAUUAAUCAUUCUAUCUCAGACACUCCUGGGCCACUGGGAUUAUAGUUAUAGAGCAUUUGGCUCUGAUAGUUAUUUUGAAUCAUUGGAUCAAAAAUAUGUUUGUUUUCUGAGAUUACAGAGUCUCACUGUGUAGCUCUGGUUGUCUUGGAACCAAGCUGGCCCUAACUCAUGGAGAUCUGAUUCCUUUUGCCCCCUAAAUCCUAGGGUGUUGUGUGUAGUUUUAAAAAUCACACUCUGCCCUCUAACUGGGAGCUGAUGUGCUCUGGCCCCUCAGCUCCCUUCCAUUCCACCCAGCUUAUUUCUGGGAUUCACCACCCCCAGCUCUCACUCGGCUUCCUUUUCUACCCACCUAUGCUCUGGGAGUUGACUGUUCCCACCAGCCCAUUCCUGAGACCCCUGCUUCUGGAGGGCUUAUAUUACCAGCCCCACCCAAGACCCUUGAAUCCUCGAAUAAGAGACACACACUUAGCUUGUCACUUUACAGCUUGCCUUUUGUGGCACAGUUGCUGGGCACAGAUACCUCCUGCCUGGAAAGGCGUGCCCUUACCAAUUUAUAAUCUUUGUCUCUCCUUCCACCCUAAACUUAGUGGCUUGUUCCAGUUAAAUUAAACAUCUUUGGCCACCCGCUCGUAGAGGAGGCCGCAGGCCCUAGCUGCCCCGAGAGCUUACAUGAUUGCUGCAUGCCUUUCAUUCUAAAGCAUUACAGAAAAAGCCUCCCUCUCUUUCCCUGAGUCUCUUUUUUCUCUUGGGAUCUCAAAACCCAUCUGGACCUUCUGUCCCGCAAUUGGCCCCUGGCCUUCUUUAUUGACAAGGACCAAUUGGGGAACAAGACCUUAGAGACAGAACCUCUAUCCCCUUUCAUUAAGGUGUAUCCCACCCCACCCCAUCCAGCUAUAAGCAUUUUUGUUUGUUUCUUUGUUUUGUUUGUUUGUUGGUAGUCAGGAUUUCUCUAUGUAGCCUAGCUGUCUGAACUCACUCUGUAGAUUGGUCUAGCCUCAAGAUCCACUAGCCUCUGCCACCCAAGUGCUGGAAUUAAAGGGAUGUGCCACCACAUCUGGCUUGUUUUGGUUACUUCAGACAGGGUUUCUCUGUGUAGCCCUGGCUGGCCUGGAACUGACUCUGUAGACCAGGCUGACCUCACACUCAGAGAUCUACCUGCCUCUGCCUCCCAAGCACUGGGACUAAAGGUGUGCGCCACAACCACCUGGCAUUAAGCAACUUUUUAAACAUCUGUAAAGUCUUUGUUGUAGCUACUGAAAUAGACUUGUCAUUUUCCAGAUGAGACUGAGGCUGAAUGGCUGUGAACAUGGCAGACGAGUCCCAGUGGGAUGAAGCAGUCUGUAACUUGGCAGGUUGCCAGCAUCCACAGUGCUGGGCAUCUCUCCGACGGAUUGAGAGGGGCCAUCCUAGGAUCCUGGACCCAUCCCCCAAAUCUCCCCGAGAAACUGAAGAUAAACUCCCAACACUCACCGUUGUAAAUAUCACGGAUUCCUGCUUGUGGACCCGGAGGAGGGUUGUUCAGCAACAACCAUCAGAAUUUACCUUCCCCAAGGAAGGUUCCUCAUUGUUGAAACCAGCCUCAAAACGUCAGAGCAGGUCUAGGAAGGCUUUACGUGACAAAGAUGAGACUAGCCGUUCUCCUAGUCCUCCCAAACUCUCAGUGUUGAAUUUGAAUGAAGCCCAACUUCCUUCCUCUGAAGAUGUCAGAAACAUGGCUGUGACCUGGGUUCCAGAAGAAAUGGAGAAGAACAUGAGGGCGGUUCAAAAGACUGAUGCUUCCAGCUGGCCUAGGAAGAAGAGAAAGAAACUGGGAGGGAAAAGCAAGGCAUCUCUGUAUUACCCUGGAAGUCCAGCGGCGAUUGUACCUCCCCCAUCCCCAGUACACUUCUUGGAGCAAUUAAGUUCUGAAGCCGUACCACUGUGGACCCAAGCUGACAUGCUUCCCCAGGAUCUACUGAAGGAGUGCAUCUUGGCACAUGAGAAAUCCAUAGUUAGCCCUGAGGUGAAGAUAGAGUUGUCCAAGACGAGAAAGAGUCUUCCCCUCGAAAAGAGCCGACCUGAAAGUGCUAUCUCAUCUAAGAUGUAUCUGACUAUCCAGCGCCUCACCCUGCAAAGACCAUCACUGCGGUAUCCUAAUCAUCUGAGGAAGCUGCGCCCCAACCUGAGUCGAGUUGAGGGCCCUGCUGAGCAUGGAUUUUUAGAUUCCUUGAAGCAGCAGAAGAAGGCGAAAACCUCUAUUCAGAAACAGUCUCAGAAGGCCAAGAAGAAAGCCAAGAGAAAUGUCUUGAGCCGGUAUGGGGAAGAAACUGUGUCAAGCCAUUUCUUCCGUGACAGAAUAUCAGAACAAAAGCUGUUGGAAGAGGAGGAAAAAACAUCCACAGAGAGACAUGUUUCCUUAGAAAAGGCGUAUGAGUUUGGCAGCUACUACACAAACUACUACACCAAUCUGGAUGAGAAUGGUGUACUAUAUGAAACAAUUUACCAGGACCUUGAUGAGGAUGAGGAUGAGGAGAUUGUGGUAGGAAUCAAGGCUUCCAGCAAAGACAAUAGUCCCAAGAACCUUUCUGGAACUAUGGACAAUAUCGGCUGGAACCCUGAGCUCAAAUUGCUGAGGAUUCUUCAGGCCACCGAGGAGGAAGAUGAGGAAAGCCACCAUUCUAGGGCACAGAGUGAGGCAUCUCUAGAAGCCUAGCUCAAGUCAUUACUUGGGGCAGUCUUAGCCAGAAGAGUUCGUGAUCUUCUGAAGACAACAGCCUCGGACACAGGGAAGAAAAGAGAAUGUUGUUCUCUGGAUCCUCUAGCAGCACUAGGCCCUAGACACCCCAUGUUCUUCAUUUGCUUUUUACCUCCAAAAUGAGUGAGAAAAAGCCCAAAUCCCAUGGAAUAUAGGUAGCUUUUCCAUCAUUAAACACAACCCCUUCUUGCAAAGACUCUUUCUCUGUUUCCAGGAAGAAAGGAGGUAGCACUUGCUUGUGUCUGCGUUCAGCUUACGGGAACCUCCACAAUAUCCCUGAAAACUCCUCAGUCCCUGGAGAUGGUUCUCUUUGGCAAUGGGGCCUGCACCAUUAUUGAGUGAUAAUCACUGUGUAGUAUUCCCACCUAAAAGUGUAUUAUUUGAAGAAAAUCUUAUCCACAAAUAAUUCAAUAUGUAUCUCUAAAAGACAAGCACUAAAAAUCUAAAAAUUAUUU